AAAAUGGCGGGAGCUGACGGGGAGAGAAACCGUUCUCUAAAGGAAAUAAUAUACGAUAGUCUGAACGCAAUACUAUCGCCUGAUCUACUUACGAGAUCUGGGGGCGAAGAUCAAAUUAAAGCUUUGGAAGUCACUGAAGAAUUUGGUGUUUAUUUAGCGGAAAUUACAGUUGAUGCUCAAGGCCCAUUGGCAAUUCGCCAGUUGGCAUCAGUGCUAUUGAAACAAUAUGUGCAGUGUCACUGGUCACAACAAUCUGACAAAUAUAUCUCACCAGAAACAACAGAUGCUGCGAAAGCACACAUACGUCAGCUUCUACCACAGGGUUUGUCAGAGUCUAUUAGUAAAGUUCGUUCCAGCAUAGCAUAUGCUAUCUCAGCUAUCGCUCAUUGGGACUGGCCAGAAGUAUGGCCAGAUUUAUUUCCUUUGUUAAUGCAAGCUCUUAUAAGUGGGCAACCAAACACAGUCCAUGGUGCUAUGAGAGUGCUUUCAGAAUUUUGUCAGGAUGUAACUGAUACCCAGAUGAGUCAUGUGGCACCCAUCAUCCUACCUGAGCUGUACAAAGUCUUCAUUGGAGCUGAGACUUUUGGCAUUCGUACACGUUCUCGAGCCAUUCAUAUAUUUAAUGUUGUCGCAGGGAUGGUUUGCACAAUGCAGGAGCUACAAAAGGGUGUUGCCAAACAGCUUCUAUUUCCUGUCCUUCCUCAGUUUACUCAAGCAUUUAUACACUGUCUUCAGCUGCCCAAUUCUACCACUUGCGACAGUGGACUGAAGCUAGAAGUUAUCAAAGCUUUAACAACGUUAAUUAAAGGGUUUCCUAAAACCAUGUCUGAAUGGCUCCCAGAGAUUCUUCCCUCCAUUUGGACAAUUUUUACUCAGAGUGCUGAGAUAUACGUUAGAACAGUUGUGAAUAACCUGGAAGAUGCAGAUGAUCCUGUGGAUUCUGAUGGAGAUGUGUUGGGCUUUGAGAAUCUGGUGUACACCGUGUUUGAAUUUGUCCACAGUCUGAUAGAAUCCAGCAAAUUUCGUAGUACAGUUAAAAAAACAGUUGACCAGAUCAUCUACUAUAUCAUUAUUUAUAUGCAAAUGACAGAGGAUCAGAUUGGAAUGUGGAGUAAUAAUCCAGAUCAGUUUGUGGAAGACGAAGAUGAUGAUAGUUUCUCUUAUUCUGUCAGGAUCUCUGCUCUGGAUUUACUGCUAUCAUUAGGUGCAGAGUUUCCAGCUGUUUGCCCUGAGGCUUUGUGCCAAGCUGUAACAAAACAUUUGCAGGAGUCUGAGGCUGCUCAAACUUCAGGCAAUCAACACUGGUGGAAACUUCAUGAAUCCUGUAUGCUUGCUCUAGGAAGUGUAAAAGAAAUGGUCCUUGAAGCCAUAAAAUCUGGCAUAGCAAAGUUUCAUCUGACUGGUUUCUUACAAUCUGUAGUGCUCGGAGACAUGAAUUCUUCAGUAUCACCCUUCCUAGUGGGAAGGUGUCUGUGGACUGCAAGCAGAUUUACAGAAGCCAUGACACCAGAUUUAAUACAAAAGUUGCUGCAAGCCACUGUUGGGGGCCUUCACAUGACACAGCCAGCCAGUAUAAGAAUAUCUGCUGUAAGAUCUGUUUUUGGAUUCUGUGAUCACCUCAAAGUUGCUGGAAAUACUCAACUUCUUGUGCCAUACUUGCAAAACAUUCUGGAAGGCUUAAUGAACAUCGGCACCCAAUUCUCUACAGAAGUCAUGGGCCUGUGUUUGGAGACUUUGGCUGUGGUUGUGUCUGUAGACGAUGAUUUUAGUGCCAGCAAUGAGCAAAGACUUGGUCCACUGGCUCUGGCUGUGUUCCUGAAACAUGCAGGAGAUCCAUUUCUUGUGUCACUAGUCCAGGAUAUUGUGAGAGUGCUUGCUGCCAACCCUGCUUGUACUGCUGCAAUACAAAGCAGGUUCACUCAAACCCUCAACAGUAUUCUCAAUUCAGAUUCAGAAAAGCUUUCUCCUGGCUUAGUCUCGGUUUCCAUUGAGAUGGUAACCUGCCUUAUUCGCAGUGUGCCCCUACCCUUGUCUGACACAAUGUUAUCCUGUUUUAUGCCUGUCAUUCAUGCUUUGCUUACCACAGAUGAUAGCUCCACUCUACAGAGUGGUGGUGAAUGUUUAAGAGCUUUCACAUCUGUGGCCUUGGAUCAAAUUAUUCAACUUAAAGAUGAUUAUGACAAUAAUGGUAUGCACUACACUGUGCAGGUGAUAUUUAAAUUGCUUGACCCCAAGACUUCUGAGCACACUGCAACUUUUGUGGGUAGACUGGUGUCCACUGUGAUAGGAAAAUGUGGAACCCAACUUGGAGAGAAUCUAGAUUUGAUGCUUAGAGCCGUCUUAAGUAAAAUUCAACAAGCUGAAACUUUAAGUGUUUUGCAGGGCUUGCUAAUGGUGUUUGCUAAUCUCAUGCUGACUCAAAUGGAAGCGGUGCUGGACUUCUUGACUAGUGUACCAGGACCAACUGGCAAAACAGCUUUAGAGUUUAUUUUAAAUGAAUGGUGUGGCAGACAGCAUCUCUUUUAUGGAAGUUAUGAAAGAAAAAUCAGCACACUGGCUUUGUGUCACCUACUUCAACAUGCCAUUACUAACAAUGAUCUUCGUCUUCAAGAUAUUGUCGUACAAGGUGAACCCAUUUUACAAUCAGGACAUGGCAUACAAACAAGAGCCAAAUCAAAAAACACUCCAGAUGAGUGGACCACAAUUCCAGUACUGGUGAAGAUUUAUAAACUUUUGAUUCAUGAACUAUCCAACGCAAUUGAGGAAAACCUGACCCAAGAUGAUGAAGAGGAAGAAGAUGAUGAUGAUGAUGAUGGAGAAGAAAUUGAAGAUGAAGAUUUUGCUGUGGCAGGGGAGUCUCUUUCAGACCUGCUGAACAAUUUGAAUUAUGAAGGAUUUGCAUCAGUAACUGAAGAGGAUGACGAUCCUGAUGCUAAAAAUGAUCCUAAUUAUCAGAUCAAUACUCAGGCCUACUUGACGGAAUUCUUGCAGUCUUUAUCCAGUCAGCCUUGCUAUUCCAUGUUCAGCCAACAUCACAAUCCUUCAGAGAGACAAGUACUUAAAACUAUCAACAUCAACACAUGAUUAGUCUUCAAUACUGCAAAUGGAUGAGAAGAAAAACCAAGAGCUUGUUAUAAAUUUUUGACUUGAACCUUGUAAUGACUAUUAGUCAUGUUUUGUUUUGCAUAUUUAGAAUUAUACAAAUUUUAAACUUGAUUUUACAAUAUAUUUUAAAAAUGUUAUUAAAGUAUGUUGAGAAUGUCUAUCA